GAUCUGAAAGAGAACAAAAUAUAAAGAAGGAACAAAACAAAACCAAGCCAGAAAGGCGAGGUCUUUUUAUGUGACGAUGGAGCUUGCUACCUCGGGAUAGAUUGUAGUAGUAGUUGUUGCCGCGAAGAAUCAUAUUACGAGAACUCACAGAUUGUGAAAAGCCUUUGUCAUCAAACCAGUUAUCAGUAGAAGGGAGGGAGACACCUAUUCUUCUGACCCUCGUCUCUCGAGUCUGGAGCUGCUGAUUAGAGCUCGGUUCUUCAAUUCUGCGUCUGUGAACGGGGUUCCUGGGACGAACGUUUCUGAAACAGUGAGGGACGGAAUUGGAAGCCUGUAAUUACAUAGUUCUUCACUUUCCAACAGUGAAGACUAAGAUUUGAUUGAACAGUGCGAGCAAUUACUCGGCCCAUUUUCGUCCUCUUCGUUUUGAGAAAGACACUGUUUGAUUACCACGAAAUAGUCUUGUUCGCAAACAAUGAAGGAAGAAGCUGAGAAAAGCUUGGAUCCACAACUAUGGCACGCCUGCGCCGGAGGUAUGGUUCAGAUGCCAUCGCUGAACUCUAAAGUCUUCUACUUUCCUCAAGGACACGCCGAGCACGCUCAGGCCGGCGUCGAUUUUGCGGCCUCCUUGAGGAUUCCACCGCUCAUUCUCUGCCGCGUGGCAGCCGUUAAAUUCCUCGCAGACCCAGAAACCGACGAGGUCUUUGCCAAGAUCAAGUUGAUUCCUUUGAGAAACUCUGAGCUGGACGACGGCGACGGGGACGAAAAUACUCACGGUUCUGAAAAUUCAGAGAAGCCCGCGUCUUUCGCCAAGACCUUAACCCAGUCCGAUGCUAACAAUGGUGGAGGCUUCUCUGUUCCGAGAUACUGCGCAGAGACCAUAUUCCCGCGGCUUGAUUACUCAGCGGAGCCCCCGGUUCAAACCGUGAUUGCGAAGGACGUCCACGGUGAAAUUUGGAAGUUCAGGCAUAUAUACAGAGGCACACCUCGUCGUCACUUGUUAACAACAGGGUGGAGUACUUUCGUCAACCAGAAGAAACUCGUGGCAGGGGACUCCGUCGUGUUCCUGAGGGCCGAAAAUGGCGAUCUCUGCGUGGGGAUUCGCCGUGCAAAGCGUGGGAUCGGCGUUGGAUCCGAGGGCAUCUCCGGCUGGAGCUCCGCUUCUGGGAACUGUGUGGGGCCUUACGGGGCUCUCAGUGUAUUGUUAAGAGAGGAGAACAAGCUUCUGCGAAACAACUCGAAUGGUGGGAAUUCAAAUCCUGGGAGAGGAAGAGCGAGGCCAGAAUCUGUGAUGGAAGCUGUGACACUUGCUGCGAAUUGUCAGGCAUUCGAGGUUGUUUAUUACCCACGAGCAAGUACUCCUGAGUUCUGUGUCAAGGCUGGGGCAGUUAAGGCAGCCAUGAGAAUUCAAUGGUGCUCUGGGAUGAGGUUCAAGAUGGCCUUUGAGACUGAGGAUUCUUCCAGGAUUAGCUGGUUCAUGGGCACUGUUGCUUCUGUUCAAGUCGUUGAUCCUAUUCGCUGGCCCAAUUCUCCUUGGAGACUUCUUCAGGUUACUUGGGAUGAGCCGGAUUUGUUACAGAAUGUGAAGAGGGUUAGCCCAUGGUUGGUUGAACUUGUAUCGAACAGGCCGGUCAUCCCUCUUAUGCCGUUCUCCCCCCCUCGGAAGAAGAUGCGGCUUCCUCAACACCCAGACUUCCCCUUUGAUGGUCACUUUACGAUACCGACCUUUCCCGGCGGCAACCCCCUUGGGCCCAGUAGCCCCUUGUGUUGUCUUUCCGAUAAUGCUCCUGCAGGCAUACAGGGAGCCAGGCAUGCUCAAUUCGGACUCUCUAUUUCAGAUCUCCACCUAAACAGUAAAUUGCAGUUGGGUCUGCUCUCAAAUAACAUCCAGCAGCUUGAUGUGCAUCCCGGGAUUUCCAGUGGCAAUAUAAUGAUGGGCCAUGACAAGAAAAAUGACAGCUUGUCAUGCUUGCUUACCAUGGGAAACUCCAACAAGAGUUUAGAGAAAUCUGAUAAGGUGAAGAGACACCAGUUUCUGCUUUUUGGACAGCCAAUACUGACUGAACAACAAAUAUCUCAAAGCUGUCAUGCUGAAGUGUGGUCUCAGAAAUUUUCGAGUAAAAAUUUGCCAGAUGAAUGUAAGGAUAAAGCAAAGAGCUUCUUGGGUGAAUCCCAACCAGCGGUUUCACAGCCAGGAUUAUCUUCGACGACCGACUUUUCUUGGCAACUUGGGUUGGAAACUGGUCAUUGCAAGGUAUUCUUGGAGUCAGAAGAUGUGGGACGCACUCUAGACCUUUCGUGUCUCGGCUCCUAUGAAGAGCUGUACGGCAAGCUGGCCGACAUGUUCGGACUCGAAAGAUCUGAUAUGUUGAGCCGUGUGCUCUACCGAGAUGCUUCCGGUGCUGUCAAACGAGCUGGAGAAGAACCCUUCAGUGACUUCAUGAAAACAGCAAAAAGAUUAACAAUUCUGACAGAUUCGGGCAGCAAAGAUAUUAAGAGGGCGUGGAUGACAGGAUCUCGAAAUGGAGAGCAUGGAUUGGAUGCAUCAAACAAGACAGGUUUUCUGAGCAUAUUUGCCUAGACAUGUGACGUGGCAUGUCCAUGUUCAGAGAUUUGACUCCUAAGUUGUAUCAGAAUGUUUGCUUUCUUCGUCUUAUGAACUAAAAACUGUUGUCGACAAUGGCAUCUCGUAAGUGUAAUCUGUGUCAAUAAUGAUGCCUCUAUUUUGUUGUUAUAUUAACCCCAAGACUACCUUACUAAGGUCUGUAUCUUCUUGUACCAUCAAUGAGCUGCCAGUUCCUGUAAGAUUUUGACUUGGGUUUCCAUGAUUGGGACAGAGAUUAAUGUUAAGUUGUUGCCGAA